GACUGGAAAUUAUGAAAAUAAAGAGUCACACACGAUCCAUCUACCUUUGUAAUUAAAGCAGUUGGAGUGUACUACAAUACAACCCUUACUCCAUCACCAUCACUCCCCGUUGCCUAUUCCCCUUCCAUCUCCUUUGAUCUCUCUUCCAUUUCUUGGUCCUGACGGCUCGCCAACCGCCCACGUUUCCCCAUUUGCAUCCUCCACAAAAUACAUAUAUGCACACUCUAUCUUAAUCCCACAUACCCUUUUUGACUACCAUCCCCCUUUACAAUUUUAUUACAAAGUGAUUCAUCUUUGGUGGUGCUAGCUUUCGAGUGUUUUUCUGUAUCUGCAAAUAUGUUCGCAAUUAGUGAGAGUAUGUUGCAGUGUGCUCCUAGGCCGAUGUUGGCCAUUGACAGAAACUGGAAAUCCAACGCUGAACUUGCUCCCAAUUGUCCACGUUGUGCCUCUGCUAACACCAAGUUCUGUUAUUACAACAACUACAGCUUGUCCCAGCCGCGGUACUUUUGCAAAGGUUGCCGAAGGUAUUGGACCAAAGGUGGUUCCCUUAGGAAUGUGCCUGUUGGCGGUGGUUGUCGCAAGAGUCGACGAGGUAAGUCCAACAGGGUGGACAAAAACGGUGCUCAGGUUUCCACGAAUUAUAGCAAGAAUUUAACUAGUUUCGGGACUCACCAGGAGCAUAUGAUGGGUGCCACUACUUCCCAUGGAGACACAGGGAACCAACCAGGACCUGCUACUACUACUGGGUCGGAUAUUGAUCUAGCUGUUAUCUUUGCUCAAUUCUUGAACCAGAGUACAAGUUCAGAUCAGCCUGAGAUAAUUCUUACUCAAGAAUGGCCUAAUGAAGGGAUGGAUCCUUGGAGUUGUUUAGAACAAGAUACCAACAACCAAAACGAGUCAUCCAUGGAGUUACCAGUAGUUCAUACAAUUCCAGAAUCUUAUAAUAUGCUCCAAGAAAUGCCUCAAGUUGAGCAACAUCUAAAAGAUAACAGUGUUGAGGAAUUGUUGGAAAGUGAUGAAAUCAAUGCGUUCGGGUUGCAAAACUUGUUAGCUGAUGAAAUGGUGCAAGAUGUUUUCUGGUCAAAUUAUGCAGCAAACACCCCAAGCUUUGAAUGUCAACUGCAACAGUUGGAGUCGUUUCCAGUUGAUGACCAGCUUAAGAUUUCUGCAAAUUUAAUGGCUGAAACUUGGACUUCCUUUGAUCUUUCUGGGUCUGAACUUUUUUCAAAACCUUGAAAUCAAUUUCUAAUUUCAUAUAGUAAUUCUUAUACAUACUAUUUUUUUAUAAAUGAAUAUUUUUAUAAACCAAGUAAGCCUUGUAUAUUUAUUAUUUUUAAAUAACUUUUUAUCAUUUGAUUUAUAUCCAAAUAAAGCCUUAUUAAUUUCAAAUGAAAGUUUGAUUUAUCUCAAGGAUUUAUUUAGGUAUAAAUUAAAAGUAAGAUUUAUUUAAAUGUAAUAAAAAUUCAGGAGUUUUUUUUAUUAUAAAUAUCUUUCCUUUUCAUUUACUUCAUUAUAAGGUAGCUUAGGUUGUCCAAAUUAUAUAUAUAUUUUUAGAAGUAUGAAUCAUUUCCUGAAAUCUGGAAAUUAAGUAAUUUAUUUGUAUGACUCGAUUCGUUCAAAAUUUUUGUAAUAUAAUUCAUUGUCUUCUUCUUUA